CGUCUCGGAGAGGCUGCUGCUCAUUGAAAUCAGUGUGAAUCAUCAGAUUGCCAUCUGUUUUGCUCGCAGGUGAAGUUGUCCGCUUUGGUUUUAGUUUCAUCAUUUACGCAGCCACGCAAAUCAAAAUUCGAGACUUUUGGCCACAUUUUCAAACUUUUCAAAUGUUUUCUAUCCAAUUUAUUUAUUUUUGCUUUCAUGAAAGGAUAGAACAGAAAAGAAAACGACACGACAUGUUGUUCACUGUUCUCACUGGAUAUGUUAAGCUUUUGCAGUCAUUUAGCUACAAGUUUACAGCCUAAGGAGGAAGCUAACUGUGCUAACGAGCUAAACAAUCGAAUAUGAACAGAUAUGUUCUCUGUUAGUGAGUCAAAAACAAUAGAUACUGUUUCUGAGCAACUCAGAUUUUCAGGGAGUUUGUUCCACAGCCGAGAAAGGUAGAAACUUACCAUCUUCUUGUUUAGUUCUGGUCCAGUGAACACAGUCUGAGUGAACAUCUCUGAUAGUUUAUGGGAUAAAUCUACCCCGUUUACAAACAGGUGGCCAGUGCAGCUGCCUGACUUUUUUUUUUAAAUUUAUUUAUUUAUUUAUUACAGAGACUACCAAAUUAAGCCUGUUGAAGAUAAAAUCAAACUGUAUCAAUGCUUUCUUAUCAGUAUUAUUUUUGGUUGAAUGCUGAUCUUUCACUUUAAUAGGACUUUUGGCCACCAAAAACGGUGACCUCUGCUUCCUACUCAUCCGUUUAUUAAUAUCGCGACACAUCGACUCGAAUACGGCAAUGUGGUGACAAAAAAAUGGGAUUUGUUUCAUUGGCAUAUGAAAGGAAAGAGGUAAUGGAGUGGGACUAGGUAUAUUGAAGAAAAGUGGCCCGAGAAUACAGCCUUGAGGAACCUCACAUGUGAUCUUGUGAGAGUUUACAUUGUUUCCGAUCCACAUUUUAACUCGGAGUUGGAGCAAAUGGAGAUGUCUCACAUAAAUAUGACAUCAAUGAGCUAGAAAAAAAAUGACAAAAAUCACCAAUUGAGAUCCUGCUUUACAGAUGAAGCAUUAUUCAGAUUCAAGCAGGAGGAUGACGUCAUCGGCAUAAAAGAUACAUCAACAGGCUGUUAAAAACAGUGUUGAAGGUUCGGGUCAAGAUGGAUAAAAAUAGAGCACUAGAGCUAAAAGAGGACUGUUUGCAACUUGAGUAACUCACCAUGACUAUGUGUGGCGUGCAAACAGACCUGACUCCUGCCUGCUUUGUGGUGCUCCACAAUUAAAUCAUGAUAACAGAAAGCAAUUUUAAAAAUGUAAGUUUUCAUGUAUUUUUUUCUAGACUUGGUAGUAUUUGUGCAACAUUAAUACAUACUAAAUGAUAAAGAAAACAAUAUACAUAAAAAAAAAACUAAAUUGUUCAGUCUGCGAUUUUAUCGUAAUGCAAAAAAAGUUUUGGCACUUUUUUUAUGGGAUAAACGCGAGAUCGGUGAACCACUCCUGAUGGCAGAGUUUCAGCUUUGAUUUCAGACGGUGUGCUUUUGCAUUCUCGGUUAUAGAGGCGCUGACACGUGCUUUAGUGUGUGUAUGUGUGCGUGAGGAGGAGUGUGUGUGUGCGUGUGUGUGUGUGUGUGUGUGUGUGUGUUGGAACGUGUGGCCCCUCCUCCGCCCCUCCGCUGCUUUUCGCCGCAGAGCCGAGAGCGCAGCAGCUCGGAGAGCGCAGCAGCCUGUGCACCGCUUUGACUUCGAUGACACAGGAGUAGAAGUUUUGGAGCUGCCGAUGAGCGCGUUUGAGGUGCUUCCUGCUGGCGAAGAGAGGGGGAACUAAUCUGUGGCAGCCAGGCGGAUAACAAAAAUGAAAUUGCUGAUCUGUGUGCUGACUGUCUCCUGUGUGCUGAGAUCUACCCACGGAGGUGGAAAGUCUGAUGAACCGUGUGCAGGCCUGGACUGCAGCAGAGGAUGCAAGUGCUUCCCAGAGAAAGGCAGCAGGGGUCGUCCUGGGCCAAUGGGUGAGAUCGGACGGCCCGGACCAGAUGGGCCACGUGGGGUCAUAGGGCCUCGAGGGCCUAAAGGAGAGAAGGGCCAUAUUGGACUUAAAGGACCAUCUGGGGACAAAGGAGACAAAGGACCAAUGGGAGUGCCUGGAUUUCGAGGAACUGAUGGAGUGCCUGGUCACCCGGGUCAGCAGGGCAGCAGGGGCCCCCCAGGGAAGGACGGCUGUAACGGAACCAUUGGGGACCCGGGUCUGCCCGGCUACGGCACGGGCACUCCAGGAUAUCCUGGCUUUCAAGGGCCAGCGGGGCCAAAAGGUCAGAAAGGAGAGACCGUCUACUUCACAGACAUCUCUGAGGGGGUACCGGGUGAACCAGGACCCAGGGGCCCACCUGGUCUCAGAGGUCCGACCGGCCCGCCGGGUUCCCAAGGUCCAAGAGGAAUUAACGGAUUCCCCGGACUCCCCGGCCCUCCUGGGCCCCAAGGGCCAGAGGGCAGCCGUGGCGACAUUUAUCGAGGAGGGAAAGGAGACAAGGGCGACGUGGGCUUGCCCGGCGAGCCUGGCCAGCCGUUGAUCAAUGUCAUUGUGGAGUUUGUGGGGUUUCCCAAAGGAGACAAAGGACUGCAGGGUGAUCCCGGCCCAAAGGGAAUUAAAGGAUACCCUGGUUUACCUGGACCACCUGGACCUUUUGGUUAUAGAGGUGAAUACGGGGAACAGGGCAUUCUCGGAUACCCAGGACAAAGAGGUCCUGCGGGUUUUGUCGGACCGCCUGGCCCUGUUGGACUGAAGGGAUUACCGGGGCAGCCAGGUUUCCUGGGACAACCAGGAUUCAUAGGACCCAAGGGAGACCAAGGUGACAUCGGACUCCCAGGACCUCCAAUUUACAUCAGUGAUUAUGGAUCUUUUGUUCAAGGACCCCCAGGCGACCAGGGAUUUCCCGGCCGUCCGGGUAGCACCGGUGAUCAGGGACCUCCAGGAUACAUCGGGCCUCCGGGACCGCCAGGCACUUUCCGCAUUGGUGGUCCAGGAGGUCCGGGUUUUCCUGGUGUCGCCGGGCAAAAAGGAAACAAGGGUAACCCGGGCUUACCAGCUUACGGCCCAGAGGGUUUCCAAGGUCCCCCUGGACCUGAUGGUCCUACUGGUCCCCCUGGUCCUCCAGGUCCUCAAGACAGAUCAGGCCGGCCCAGGGACCCCUGUGAUAUCUAUCCUCCUGACGGGCCCACAGGUGACCCCAGUAGAGGCCCCUCUGGAAACCCCGGGCUGCCUGGCCAGACGGGAUUUCCAGGAAACUCGGGACUUAAAGGCUUUAGAGGUGACCCCGGUGACUGUAACUGUGGAGGAGGAGGAAGAGGAGGAGGUGUCGGCCUGCCCGGGUUACCUGGACCUCAAGGACCCAGAGGCAGCUUUGGCUUCCAAGGGCGUAAAGGUGAGCCCGGUAACCCGGGUUCUCCUGGUUUCAGCGGCAGUCUGGGGGCGCCUGGUCGUCAGGGUGAGAGGGGAUUCAUUGGGCGUAAAGGACAGAAGGGGGAAUCGUCCUUCUCCGGUUUCGGGGUGAAGGGAGAUCGAGGGGCACCUGGACUCAGAGGACCUACAGGUGAAACAGGAAACCCCGGCAGAGACGGUCUGCCUGGCUUCUCUGGCCCCCCAGGACCCCCGGGUGAUGGUGGUGUUGGCACAAUCGGUGAGAAGGGUUUCCCAGGAUUUCCUGGAGGCAAAGGUCGACCCGGUGCCCCUGGCGAUCCUGGAUUCGGCUACCCUGGCCUACCGGGCCGUCAAGGUGAAAAAGGAGAGCCUGGGAUCCCUGGGUUUCCUGGACAGCCAGGUUCACCAGGCCCGCAAGGUGACAACAGCUGUGGAGGGGUUAUUGACGCCGGAGAGGGAACGGGCGAUAAGCUACCUUGCACCAUAUAUGGUGAACCUGGAGAGCAAGGUGAACCUGGCAGGCCUGGACGACCAGGCCCCCAAGGUCAGCCAAGCUUCCCAGGAUCCCCUGGAGGUCGAGGGUUUGAUGGCCCCAAGGGACAAAAGGGAGAACCUGGUUUUGGAGGCCAACCAGGACCACAAGGUUUUCCUGGACCUAGAGGAGAUCCCGGAGUUCCAGGUAUUCCGGGAGUUGGCUAUGAUGGGCCCAGAGGGAAAGACGGCCUUCCAGGACCUCCAGGACCCAAAGGCCAGCCUGGAGAAGUCCUGGGAGUAAGACCUGGAGGUCCAGGAGUGGCUGGCAUACCUGGUGCACCCGGAGACAAGGGCCCGCCAGGGAGUCCAGGAACACCCGGAUCACCCGGCUUCGAUGGACGGCCUGGUGUUUCUGGUCUGAAGGGAGAGCGUGGAGUGGACGGCCGGCCGGGAAUUCUGGGUCUUCCCGGACUUCCAGGUGGCGCGGCCAAUCCCAUCCCCGGUCCACCCGGAUUUCCCGGCAGCAAAGGACUCAUCGGACCACCAGGCUGCCCAGGUUAUCGCGGUCGGAAAGGUGAACCAGGAGAACAAGGAUUCCCGGGCCCCGCUGGAAUGAAAGGAACCCCAGGACUCCCUGGUGAAAACGGAGGAACAGGUCUGAGGGGACUCCCUGGACUACCAGGUCCUGGAACCAUUCCCGGAAGACCCGGAACGCCGGGAAGAAAGGGUGAAAGAGGAUUCCCAGGACUGAUGGGUUUCUCUGGACUACCGGGUCGUCCCGGAAGUCCAGGAUUUCCCGGUGGGAAAGGGUUUCCCGGAGACCGUGGGAGAGACGGGUUUCCUGGCGGUCCUGGACGGUUUGGACUGAAAGGUGACGAAGGAAACCCCGGGGCCCCUGGUAUUCCAGGCCCUCCUGCUUUAAUGCAGAAAGGUGCACCAGGGGGCAACGGAGCCCCCGGCUUUGAGGGCUUUACUGGACCUAGAGGUGACAAGGGUCUCCCAGGCCUGCCUGGUCGUCCCGGCUUCCCCGUGGACAGCAAAGGCCAGGCCGGACAGCCGGGUUUCCCCGGGCAGCCCGGCCCACCGGGCUUCCCUGGAACAAAGGGGGAAAGAGGAAUCAUGGGAUUCCCGGGCGUGACGGGGCCGAGGGGUGACGACGGCUCGCCGGGAUUCCCCGGAAAUCCUGGAGAAUUUGGUCGAACCGGAGCCAAAGGUCUACCCGGAGAGACUUUUGCCUAUCCUGGAGCACCGGGAGUGAAAGGCCAGACUGGAGAUCCAGGUUUUCCAGGUUCUCGAGGCAUCGACGGUUCCCUUGGCGACAGGGGCUUUCCAGGACGCCGAGGUCCUGAUGGACAAAAGGGUAUUCCCGGUGAAACGGGGCGACCCGGAACGAUGGGUCCACCUGGGGUUACGGGGCUGCAGGGUCAGCCCGGAUUCCCUGGCAGACGAGGAUCAGACGGGUCCCCGGGACUGCCCGGAGGUCCAGGUGGCGUCGGUUUUAAAGGUUUGUCUGGAGCGCCGGGGCUGGACGGACUCAACGGCCUCGCCGGUCCGAAAGGCCCUCCUGGAAUCCCAGGUACAACGAUAGGGGGAGACCCAGGCCUCCGCGGGGCGCCGGGACAGAAAGGAGAGAGAGGUGUUUCCUUCCCUGGACAACCAGGCUUCCCUGGACCAAAGGGACAGAGAGGAGAUACGGGAACUUUUGGACGUCCAGGGUUCCCUGGACGACCCGGACCUCCAGGUCCGAGUACUUCAUCAAACUUCCCGGGGCCAGUGGGAGACCCCGGACUUCCUGGAUUGGACGGAGAAUACGGUUUCCAGGGCCCUCCCGGUCCUCCCGGGCCACCGGGUCCGGGCACAGCACAGGGAGACACGGGAGACCCAGGGCUCCCAGGAUUCCCUGGAAUCCCCGGCCCAAAGGGAGAAACGGGACGUCCCGGAGGCCCCGGAUUCCCCGGCUUCUCUGGCUUAAAAGGAGCUCCGGGUGACAAUGGGCUAGACGGCGCUCCAGGUGUGAAAGGAUUGCCCGGCGAGCCCGGAUUCUUCGGAUUCAAAGGGCGUCGAGGAUCACCGGGGCGACCUGGGCGUAAGGGUCCUCCCGCAAUCCCAGUGCCGAACUUACCGCGACCUGCACCUAUUGGAGCGGCUGGUUUACCCGGCUACAACGGACGACCCGGUGGUCCCGGAGAGCCCGGCCAGCCUGGUCUCUCUGGACGUCCAGGUGUAAAGGGUCGCACCGGCGCUGUGGGUGAGCUCGGCAGGACCGGACCGCCCGGUUUUCCAGGGCCGGUUGGGGAUCCGGGCAUCCCUGGGUUCCCAGGGAUCACUGGAGAUCAAGGUUUUCCCGGAGCCAUCGGUCGUCCCGGUAUUCCCGGCGGCGUCGGCCGCAGCAUCGGCAUCGGCUACACUCUGGUGAAGCACAGCCAGACCACCGAUGUCCCAAUGUGUCCCCAAGGCAUGGCCCGACUGUGGGAAGGAUACAGCCUGUUGUACGUGGAGGGACAGGAGAAGGCACACAACCAAGACCUUGGUCAGCCGGGUUCGUGCCUCCCAAGGUUUAACACCAUCCCCUUCCUCUACUGCAACCCAUCUGAGACCUGCUACUACGCGAGCCGCAACGACAAAUCCUUCUGGCUGUCCACGACCGCGCCCAUCCCUAUGAUGCCUGUGGCCGAGGAGCAGAUCCGGCCUUACGUCAGCAGGUGUUCGGUGUGCGAGGCUCCGUCUCAGGCGGUGGCGGUCCACAGUCAGGACCUCACCAUCCCUACCUGCCCACCCGGCUGGAGGAGUCUUUGGAUCGGAUAUUCCUUCCUCAUGCACACAGCAGCCGGCGCCGAGGGCGGCGGUCAGUCCCUGGUGUCUCCCGGCUCUUGCCUGGAAGACUUCCGAGCGACGCCGUUCAUCGAGUGCAACGGCGCCAGGGGCACCUGCCACUACUUCGCCAACAAGUACAGCUUCUGGCUCACCACAGUCGACCCCCGGCUGGAGUUCGGCGCGCCGACGCAGCAGGAGACCCUGAAGGGCGGUCAGGAGCGCUCCAGGGUCAGCCGCUGCCAAGUCUGCAGCAAGAUCUUGUAGCUGUCGAACAGAAGAGAGCAGAGAGAGGAAAUAAAACGCCAGGACUAGCACUUGAUGGAGAACAAGAACAUGUGAUUGACUUGAAAAGAAGAAGCUGUCUUUUCCAUUUUAUCCCCUUUAGGAGCCACAGGCUCAUCGACGAAAGACGCUGGAGGGAGGAUGUGGAUAGAGAAGAACGCCGGAGGGAUUUCUAACCUCUGGACUUACACUGACAAUGGUGCUAUUGUUGAUGUUUGUGUUUAUCUUUUGUCUGAAUUCACGGUUUUUGGUUAGAAUCAUUCUCUGCUACCUCGAAGAGAGCCACCUCUUUAGCUAGCUAAGCACACACCUACGGAGGGACGAACCCUUCGCACGUCUCAGCUCAGACGCAUGCCGUCGCGGUAAUUUAUAGGCGCCAUAGCGAAUAGUUUUACUCUUUCCACUGAACUGUCGGUUUGUGCCCCGUUCAUAGCUUUCAGGAAGACGUGACCCACAAAACCAUGCUGGCGAGUUAGCAUGCGCUGCAAUACACAUCUAUAAUGUUAGCUGGCGAGAUUUGUUUGAGGGUGUGGAUAUUUAAUAUUAGACAUUUUCAGACUUGUUUUCAUUUUAAUUCAUGUUCAGCCAAGUUUGUUUUUUUCACUUUGUAAAACUUAACAUUUUUAGUUUUUGUUUAAUUUGAUUUGCAGUACACAUUUUUUUUAAAACAUUUUUGUUUUAAAGCUGGAUGCCCUAAAUAGAAGAUCUAAAAUUAACAGUUUUCACCAACGGAUCUUCAUAUUAGGUGUUAUUUCUGCUUAAGGUAGAUUUUAUAGAACUACAACUAAUGCACUGAGUUUUCUCACUAAUGCACUGAAAACUCCCACGCUAACAUGCUAGCAUGUGAUUACGUUAUCUCGCUAACAUGGUUAGCUAAAGCCACAUAAACAAGACAAUGCCAAGAUCUUUACAGAACAAAGAAUUGAGCCUUGAGAAUGCAUGGGGAAUCUUCAUGCUUGUCUUUAGUGAUAUCUACAAUUGAUAUAGGAAUAUGCAUUGCAUUAUAAUUUUGCCUAAUGUGUAAAAUCCAGACUGAAAUUUGACCAAAAUUUCCCUUGACAGAAUAGGUUAUGAGCUAAUUUCUUCCCUUCCCUUUUUGUACAGAGAAACAACUAGCAAAUCAGUUUCUUUUUGUAUGUACUUAAGUAUACUCAUGAAUUUUAAUAUAAAUGAAAAAAAUACUCAAAUAUUUUGUAUAAUUUAAUUAUGUUUUCUGAGGUCUUAAUAUUUCACCCUAUUUCCAUUCGUUUAGGUUUCUAUUCUUAUCUGAACCACCUGACCUACUUAUGAAAUAUGAGAUUUGGACUCCUGAUCAAACCAAAGCAUCUCUAAGUGAAACCAGGCUGAAGGGUUUUAUUUAUUAGUCAUUUUGUACUCAAAACAAUUUGGAACUACAAUGGCACAAAAUACAGAAUAUAUCACUAAGUCCACGUAAUAUUUUUCAACAGAUCACAAUAAUUUUUUGGUGUCAACUUGUGUUGCGCGUUAUUUAAUAAACGGGCUGAAAUAUUUAAGAUCGCUGUGUUCAAAAUGGUUUUGGCGAAAGGAGUAGUCUUAAAGAAGCACCAUUAUUUGUGAGUUAUUUUCUUAACUGAAACAAAAGCAAAUCAGCACUUUUUCUCCUCAAAGUGACACAAACUGAGAGUCCGCAACAGUUUUAGAUCAGAACAAACGAUUGACGGUCCACUGAUGUGAAUCCAGACGGGUCACAAGCCGAGCAAAGUGGGUCAGUCUCAGCUUUUCAUUGUGUUGUGACCAAACUGUUACUUUUACAAAGCGUCUUCGCUCUUACGUUUUUUUUUUGACAAACGCAGCAUGCUACCUUUUCCUCUUAUUCUUCCGGCAGCAUUUCCAAAAACAAAAAGGUUUUAUACUCUAUUAGCUCUUUUGUUUUUUCUUUCCCUUUGUGCUGUUUUUUUCAUAUAAAAAAAAGAGAAAAUGUCAAAUGUUCUGCUCACGUAAACCACUAUGACCACUGCAUCUAGCAUGUCUCUCGUCUUGUAGCUCUGACACUUCACCUUUAUUCUGCAGUUUUCAUUAGCAUUUGCUAUUUUUGUAAUCUAGAUUGUAAUUAUUUUGUAUCUGUGUCAUAAUACAACCUCCUGGUGUCAUUUACUGACAAUGGAGGUGAUGAGAAUAUGAUGUUCUGUACAUUUAUGGAAAAUUGCUUCUAGGAGUUUUUUUGUUUGUUGUAAUCACUGACUAUUAAACAGUUGUUUGACCCAAAUGUCCCACUCAGCAUCAUGUUUUAAGUGACUGAAGCAGAAUAAAAGUAAUUUGGUUUUUCUCAAAGAUCCAGAACAUCAAAAAAAGGCAAUUACUGGUGUAAGUUGUAUUAUUUGGCCUCACAUAUUUCCAAAUAAAUUUUUAAAAAAUGUCUCA